GGCGCGGCCCGAGGGAGCACGCGAGCCGAUGUGGGGUGCGCGCGCAGGGGAAAGGGGAAAGGGCGUUCGGGGCAGGCGCGAGGAAGAGGAGGAGCACGAGGCGGCACCACCGGUGGCGCGCCGGGCGGCCGGGCAUCAAAACACACCACGCCGCCGCCACCACCACCGCGGAACACGGCCGCCGCCGCCGCCGCUUUCCCGUAGAGCAGGAAGAGAACUGUACCUGCUACUAGCCCUGCUACAUGUAUGGCUAAGUUGUCAUCCCAGGACUGGCUCUCUUAUUUGAGGUGUAACUACAGUUAGAUGUUUGGCCAUGACAGAAAUGUAGCUGUAGGUCAACAAAAACUUGUUCAGUGCAAUGGAGCUGCUCAUCAUCAUGGGAAGGGUUGUUGAUUAAUCAGAGCAUACAUCUGAGAUGAGAGACUACCCCUGGAAGUCUAAAGCAGUGCGAGUUUGGCAUGAAGUCUUAUUUGCUUAAUGAUAGAGGAAUGCAAAAUAGCUCAGAGCCUUCCAGGAAAGCCAGCAUGAAAAGACUUUUGUCUUGCAGAUAGUGCCUUUUCUAAUGUGCUGCUCAUGAUAGGCUCCCCUGAACCCCUGCUGACACAUUCCGGGAUGGCAGCUAGCUGAUGGGCAGCUGAGGAUGACCUUGACUGACAGACUGCGUGAGAAGAUAUCACGGGCGUUCUACAACCAUGGGCUGUUGUGUGCUUCCUACCCUAUUCCAAUCAUCCUCUUCACUGGCCUCUGUGUCCUGGCUUGCUGCUAUCCAUUGCUGAAACUCCCCUUACCCGGCACUGGACCUGUGGAAUAUACCACCUCUGUGAAGGACUACUCUCAGCCUCCAGCCUCCCCUGCCCACCAGCAAGGAGAGCCAAACGAGAGGCCUGACUGGUAUACCGGUGCUCCUGUCGCCUACAUCCAGCAGGUCUUAGUGAAAGCCACCGUCUCUCCAUGGCCCAAUAACUUCCUGGCUGUUGAUGUGUUCCGGUCACCGCUCUCCCGCGUGUUCCAGCUAGUGGAGGAGAUCAGAAAUCACGUCCUGCGAGACGGCUCCAGUAUCAAAAGUUUGGAAGAAAUCUGCCUUCAGGUGACAGAUCUCCUGCCCAACUUAAAGAAGCUUCGGGGCCUUCUUCCUGAACAUGGUUGCCUGCUGUUGUCUCCAGGCAAUUUCUGGCAGAAUGACCGGGAGCGCUUCAGUGCUGACUCUGAUAUCAUUAAAACCAUCCACCAGCAUGAACCAAAGACAUUGCAGACAUCAGCUACCCCCAAAGAUCUGCUGUUUGGAGUCCCAGGGAAAUACAGUGGGGUGAAUUUGUACAACAGGAAGCGAGUGGUAACCUACACCAUCACACUGGGUCUCCAGCACUAUGAUUCCAGGCUCCUCUCCAGCCUCCGCUCCCGCCUCAAGCUGCUGCACCCCAGCCCCAACUGCACUCUGCGGGAGGAGCAGAUUGUCCACGUCCACUUCAAGGAGGAGAUUGGCAUCGCUGAGCUGAUCCCUCUCGUCACCACCUACAUUAUCCUCUUUGCCUACAUCUACUUCUCCACGCGCAAGAUCGACAUGGUGAAAUCCAAGUGGGGCUUAGCGCUGGCUGCAGUUGUGACGGUCCUCAGCUCUCUGCUCAUGUCGGUCGGCCUGUGCACGCUCUUUGGCCUGACACCGACUCUCAAUGGCGGAGAGAUUUUCCCUUACCUUGUGGUCGUAAUUGGCCUGGAGAAUGUGUUGGUUCUCACCAAAUCUGUUGUUUCCACACCAGUUGACCUGGAAGUGAAGCUGAGGAUUGCACAAGGCUUGAGCAAUGAGAGCUGGUCCAUUAUGAAGAACAUGGCCACGGAGCUGGGGAUUAUUCUGAUUGGUUACUUCACCCUCGUCCCGGCCAUCCAGGAAUUCUGCCUUUUUGCAGUGGUUGGCCUGGUGUCUGACUUCUUCCUCCAGAUGCUCUUCUUCACCACCGUCCUGUCCAUUGACAUUCGCCGAAUGGAGCUUGCUGACCUGAACAAGCGGCUCCCGGCUGAAGCCUGCAUGCCUCCCACCAAGCCGGUGAGCCACUCCCAGCGGUAUGAGCGCCAGCCGGCCAUGCGGCCUGCCACCCCCCACACCAUCACCCUUCAGCCCUCGUCCUUGAGGAAUCUGCGCCUGCCCAAGCGCCUGCGGGUGAUCUACUUCUUUGCCAGGACCCGGCUGGCACAGCGGCUCAUCAUGACUGGAACAGUAGUUUGGAUCGGCAUCCUGGUCUACACGGACCCUGCAGGCCUCCGGCCCUACCUGGCCUCGCAAGUCACGGAGCAGAGCCCGCUGGGCGAGGCUGGGCUGCCGGCCAUGCCUGUCCCCGGGGAGGUCCUUCCCACUGGCGACGCCAAGCUGUCCCUCUCGGUCUUCCCUUCGGACCCAGUGCAGCAGCUGUCGGAGAACCAGACGCUGGAUUCUCUGAACAGGCAGGAGGUGGGGCACCAUGCCAAGGCUGAGGAGCAAGAGAGGCGGGUAAGCAGCGGGCAGCCGGAGCUGGGCCCCAAGGCGGAAGUGACGUGGGGAACAGAGGACGAAGAAAUCUGGAGGAAGCUCUCCUUCCGGCACUGGCCAUCUCUCUUCAGCUACUACAACAUCACUCUGGCCAAAAGGUACAUCAGCAUCCUCCCGGUGAUCCCAGUCACUCUGUACCUGAAUCCGCAAGAGGCCUUAGAAGCGCGCCACCCCCAGGAGGCCAGUCGCUACCACCCCUUCUUCCACCUGGGCGGUGGGAAAUCGGAGCAGGCAGACCAGCUGGCAGAAGGGGCUGCCAGGUCCCAAGGACACCGGGACCUCACGCUCUACAAGGUUGCUGCCUUGGGCUUGGCCUCUGGGAUCCUUCUGGUCCUCUUGCUCUUCUGCCUCUACAAAGUCUUGUGCCCCAAAAACUACGGGCAGAACGGGCUCUCCCACAGCCGGAGGAGGAGGGGGGACCUGCCCUGCGAUGACUACGGCUACUCCCCGCCUGAGACGGAGAUCAUUCCUCUGGUCCUCAGAGGCCACCUCAUGGACAUUGAGUGCCUGGCUAGCGAUGGGAUGCUGCUUGUCAGCUGCUGCUUGGUGGGACAGAUCCGGGUGUGGGACGCUCAGACCGGCGACUGCCUCACAGUCAUCCCGAAGCAAGGGCUGCGCCGAGACAACAGCGGGCUCUUUGAUUACCAGGACUGCAGGGAUCCCGGCCCAGACGGCAGCAGCGGGCUGGACAACCCCUUCGAGGGCAGCCACCCCUUCAAGAGGGCCCGGAGCCCACCUCAGCCCCCGCUCUUCCUGGACCAGCCGGACCUCAGCUCCCUCAUUGACACCAACUUCUCCGAGCAGGCCAAGGCGGCCGUCCCGGAGCCUCGCCACCGCUCCGCCUGCAGCCGGCAGAAGGAGUCGGGCUACGACUUCAGCAGCUUAGUGGAGAAGGUCUAUGAAGAGCAGAGCGCCGCCAACUGCACGAACUUCCCGGCUUCUCUGCCCCCCACGGACAGCCCCCGCAGGAGCAGCCUGGGGGACGAGCCUUGUGUGGGGGGGCUGGACAAGAGCUCUCCUCUGCCCUCCUGGGGCGGCGACCUGGAAAGCUCCAUCUGGAGCUUGGAGCUGCAGGGGAACCUCAUCGCGGCUGGCCGGAGCAACGGGAGGCUGGAGGUGUGGGAUGCCAUCGAGGGCACCCUGAGGUGCAGCAGUGAAGAUGGCCAGUCGGGCAUCACCUCCCUUGUCUUCCUGAACAGCAGGGUUGUGGUGGCCAGGCUAAACGGCUCCCUGGAUUUCUACUCCUUGAAGACUCGGGCCUCCUUGGAUCGCCUGCAGUUCCCAGGAACUCCAGGCAGGAGUAGCCUCCCCUCCUCUCCCAUGUACAGCAGCAAUGAUGUCAUCACGUGUCAGCUGACCCACACGGUGACAUGCGCUCAUCAGAAGCCAAUCACGGCCCUGAAGGCUGCAGCGGGCCGGCUGGUCACGGGGAGCCAGGACCACACGUUGCGAGUGUAUCGCCUGGAAGAUUCGUGCUGCCUCUUUACGCUGCAAGGCCAUUCGGGAGCCAUCACAGCAGUCUACGUUGACCAGACCAUGGCGCUCGCAAGUGGGGGCCAGGAUGGGGCCAUCUGCCUCUGGGACAUGCUGACGGGGAGCAGAGUGAGCCACAUGUACGCCCACCGUGGGGAUGUCACCUCUUUGACCUGCACGACUACCUGCGUGAUCAGCAGCGGCUUGGACGACGUCAUCAGCAUCUGGGACCGCAGCUCGGGGAUCAAGCACUAUUCCAUUCAGCAGGACAUGGGCUGUGGGGCCAGCCUGGGCGUGAUCUCUGAUAACCUGCUGGUGACCGGAGGGCAGGGCUGCGUUUCCUUCUGGGACAUCGGCUACGGUGACCUGCUGCAGACCGUUUACCUGGGCAAGAGCAACGAGUCGCAGCCUGCCCGGCAGAUCCUGGUGCUGGAGAACGCGGCUAUCGUCUGCAACUUUGGAAGCGAACUCAGCCUGGUCUAUGUACCCUCUGUGCUGGAGAAGCGAGACUGAAGGGGUGGGGUUCUGGCGGCAUGUGGGGCAAGGGCCCCCUCCCACCAGCUGCUUUUUCUAGUGGCACUGGGCAGGGGUCAGGCAUCCUGGGUCUCUUGGCGUUGCAAGGAGUCUCCCACCCCAGGAGGAAAGCAGCCACCAUCUCUCUCUCUCUCGCUCAGCAGUGCUUUUUCUCUUCCUUUGGGGUAAAGAGGGGUGUUGAAACUUCGAGGGCUGGCAGGAGUCUUGGGUUGGUCUCAUUUCCCUCCUGCAGGGAAGGGACUUGAGCAGCAGGGGCUUCUGGGGGGAGAGGCGGGGAGCAAGGCUGGCCUCUUGGGUCUGGUCCAGUCCAGCUCUCCACUCACGCUUGGUUAUUUUGAGGGGGGGGGGCAGCUGAGCUUAGAGGAAGGGGCUGCAGAGGGCGGCUGCAUUGGAGCAGUUUGCUCUGGCUGUUCUCCUUGCAGGCGCUUCGUAAGCUGGUAGCCAGCGGGGAUUGCCCUGGCCCUGGUGUGUGCGGGAGGGAGAGGCGAUAGGCCCUGCCUGUGCUGAAGCUGGCCCUGCGCACCACCACGGGAAAGAGCUGCCGCUUCCACACACACGCGCGCACCGUGUCAGCCCCGCCUCUGCUCCAUCCUGCGGUCCUGGACUGCACAGUUCUGAGGGAAGGGAAAUGGGGAGACCUUGUGGCUUGAGCCUGUCGCUGGUGCAGAUUCGACCCCAAGCAGCCUCCCGGGGGGUGAGGCGAGACGGCUGAGCUGGGCAAACGGCCCUGCAGCCUCUUCCCUCCUCGCCGGGAGCAGCGCCGGACUUCGGGCCGUCUGCCUAAGGCCCUGCUUCCUCCCUGCCCGCCCGCCCGCCGGCAGCCGGCCAGCCUGUUGUGCUCGCUGCCCUAUUUAUGUGUGUGCUGUGUACAUAGUUAUUUAUUGAGACGUGUGAGCGGAGGGGCAGGGAGGGCUGGCAGCUGGGAACGCACCCCAGCUGUGGCCCAGAGCGGGGACCAAGAGAAGCCGGGAGCAAAGAAGAGGAGGGGGAGAGGCUCUGCUGCCGUGGCACAAGCAAGAGGCCCUGCAGCGCGGCAGCCCUUGAGUGCAGAGAGGGCCGGUCUGGUCCCCCUGCAUGUUCGGGGCGGCAGGGGCGAGCGCCGCUGCCGCCUCUUGCUCAGGCCAGCUUUUCAUACACUACACAGCUGCCAGGAGGCAGUGGCUUUGCCUGCCCUCUCUCAAGCAGUCAGGCGGGGAACAGAGAUCUGCACCAGAGGGCUGGAAAGGGGAGAUUUAACUGACAGAACAAAGCGGGGCGGGGGGGAGAGCAGCUAGAACAAUUGGAAAGGUGGGGUUUUUUAAAAUUUAAAGCCAUUGACUAUGUAGUUAAUGUUUUGUGUUUAAUUUAAUGCCUUUUAUUGUAGGGAGCACUGUAGCCUACUAAAGGAUGCUUUGGGAUUAACCUGCUGUAUUCCCUGCCUCAGUUCCCCAAGUGGAGUAGUGCUCUGCUGCUCCGGGGUGGGGGCACACUACUGUAUACAACGCUGGCCCGUGAAUGCCCGCGGCUGGCCCUCAACCCCACCCCACCCCUUUCGGCUUGUUCGUGUCCACACCAUGCCGCAGGUGGCCUUAGCUCUACUGUGCCCUUUGGAUGGUGCGGUGGAAGCUGCUUUUGUACCAGAUUGUGUUUUAUAUAUCUAUCUAUAUAUAUAAUGCAUACAGGGACAGAGGCAUUAAAAGAGAUCUAACGUGA